AUGGCGCCGAAUCGCGGCGAAGACGAUGUAGAGCGUCUAUCAAGGACCACCAACGAAUAUCCUUCUAGUUCAAUGAUCGAACAUGCACGGCGUCCCUCAGAAGCUUACGUUAACCUGCAUGCAAACGUUGAAGCCAAAAUCAAGAAUCCUCUCUGGGGACUUCCUCGAGCAAGACUCUUAGCCGAUGUGGACGACUUCUGCCGCAAAAAAGAUCUCGACCAUUAUCGCCCUCUCAUCCGCAAGGGUGCUCUUGUCGCUCAGGACCCCACUGGCUAUGAGGAUAUUGAAGGAGACGAAAAGCUCAACGAUGAGGAGAUCCAAGCCCUCAGGGACGAAAUCCUUCACAAGUGGCGAGUUCCCUUUGUCCUCUACUUGACCGUUGCAACGUGCUCUAUCGGCGCCGCUGUGCAAGGCUGGGAUCAGACAGGCUCAAAUGGUGCCAACCUCGAGUUUCCUUAUGCUUUCGGCAUUGGUGGUGAUAGUAUACACGACAAAUUACUUGUUGGUCUUGUCAACUCGGCGCCUUAUAUAGGGACAGCUCUCUUUGGUUGCUGGCUCUCAGAUCCUCUCAAUGCGCAUUUUGGCCGCCGCGGCACAAUAUUCUUUUCAGCAAAUUUCUGUCUUUGGCCUGUCAUUGGAAGUGCUUUUUGCAAUAACUGGAGGCAGCUUUUUGCGUGCCGUAUACUUCUUGGUAUCGGCAUGGGUACCAAGGCUUCAACAGGCAAGUCCUCUUUCAUCUAUACAGCCCGCACGAACUCUCCUGCCCCGAUUCGAGGUGCUUUUGUAAUGAGCUGGCAAAUGUGGACGGCUUUUGGUAUCUUUCUCGGAACCUGUGCAAAUGUCGCUGUGACGAAAAUCGGCCACAAUGCAUGGAGAUACCAAUUAGGCUCAGCUUUUAUUCCAGCCGUGCCUUUGAUGUUUUUGAUUUACUUUUGUCCAGAAUCACCCCGUUGGUACAUGAAAAAGAACCGCUACGGCGAUGCGAUAAAGUCCCUGUUACGACUUCGAAACCACCCGGUACAGGCCGCCCGCGACCUAUACUAUAUCCAUGCACAACUCGAAGUCGAGCUCGAGUUCAUCGGCCAGGGAAACUAUGCGAAACGUUUCAUCGAACUGUUCACAAUACCCCGUGUGCGACGAGCCACUUUGGCGUCAUUUGUGGUUAUGAUUGCUCAGCAGAUGUGUGGUAUCAACAUUAUUGCCUUUUAUUCGACAAGCGUUUUUCGAGAUGCUGGAGCCACCGAUAACCAGGCUCUACUGGCAUCGAUGGGUUUUGGUCUGGUCAAUUUUGUCUUUGCAUGGCCUGCAAUAUGGACAAUAGAUACCUUUGGUCGACGAUCUCUGCUGCUCUUUACGUUUCCUCAGAUGGCAUGGACAUUGCUUGCGGCAGGCCUAUGUACGUUAAUUCCGGGCACCGGCGGACUCCACAUGGCACUAGUGGCUCUCUUCGUUUAUCUCUUCGCAGCCUUUUACUCACCCGGAGAGGGACCUGUGCCCUUUACCUAUUCCGCCGAGGUGUUUCCCUUAUCGCAUCGCGAAGUGGGUAUGUCAUGGGCUGUAGCAACAUGUCUGUUCUGGGCAGCGGUUCUGUCCAUCACCUUCCCAUUGAUAUUAGCGAGGUUACACGCCAUCGGUGCCUUUGCGAUGUACGCGGGCUUCAACAUCGUUGCUCUGGUUAUGAUAUUCUUGUUCCUGCCGGAGACGAAGCAACGUACGCUAGAGGAACUGGAUUACAUCUUUGCAGUACCUACCCGCGUGUUUGUGAGAUACCAAGUUACCAAAGUCCUUCCCUGGUGGAUCAAAAGAUGGAUCUUGUUCCAGCGGGAAGCCAGGUUGGAUCCGUUAUAUCAGUUUGACACAGUUGGCGAGCCGGAAGACAGCCACGGCAGCGACUACGGGUAUGAGAACGACAAAGCGAAAGUCGAGCUGAAGGAUACCAUUGGACUCACGUCAGGGGUUCAGACGACAAGAUGA